CAUGCACCUUGAAAGUCCAUGAAAAUUGCAGUUGUUGCUGGAAAAUCCUUGAAUUUCGGUGCUAACUUUAUCCAACCCAAAGGAAAAGGAGCAAGACCUUCAGGAUAAAAUUGCUCAUGUUGUGGAUUGAACUAACAAAGACAUGGGCUCUUUUUUGCACUGAAUGGAGUCCUUCAAAAAUAGGAAAUGUGCCCUUGAAAAUCAUUGCAAAGUCCUUGAAUUUUUGUGCAGAAAAGGGUACAAACCCCAUGUAUGCUCAGCCAUUUGGGAGCUAUUGAGCAAGGGGGUGGGGAAGGGGUUAGGUGAUUUGUUGAACUUGCACUGUACACUGUACACUGUCAGAAGUAUAUUGUCAGUGAGGCAGUGAAAGCAUUGGUUUGAAAUUCUAAAACUGAUGUUUGUUUGAUAUCAAUUUUAGAGAUUUCAGACUGGUCAAAGUUGGGCAUUUUCAAGGGAGUUAGCAAAUUGGUACCAUCAGCAUGGAUUUUGUUAUUGGGCUAGUGAAUUCAGUCCACAAACUUUCCCAACAGGCAGGCGAUGUUAUUUAGGGAAUUAAAAUUGCACAUGUACAGUUCGAGAACUGUAAUCAAUCCUGCUCAUCCAAAAAAAAUUGUUGGGGCUAUUUUAAGUGACUCUUGGGCUAGCACAUGCUACAACUGGCAACAAAAUUGUUGAAACAUUGCAGUCAAAUAGGUUAACUUAAGAGAACAAAACAAUCCACACCCUGCCCCAUCUUCCCUUCUUUCAAAGCAGGGGUGUUUGUUGUUUUCUACAAGUAGCUCGAACAGCGGCACAACAUUACAUGCAGGAACGGGGUAGGGAAAACUUUAUUUUCUCCUUUUGGAUUCUGUAAAACAUCAGAAAAGCCGUUUAAGGCAAAGUGUCUUAACUAAUCGUGUCGCUGAUUGUAGCUACAGCUUGUUCAAAUGGCAAGCUGUAAAAGUGACCAUUUUUUUUCACAUUGACCAAGACUGGUAUAUGGAACUUGAAAAAAUAUCUGUCCUGUUGCCCAACUGGUUUUUCCAGCAAUACAAAUACAUGUUACUUGGCCAAUCAAAGAGGUCAAAGCAAGUUGUCUUCUAACUUCUUCCAAAAAAAUGUUUAAAUUUUUUUUUGUAUAAUAUCAUAGGCUAUGUGAUUUGAAGAUCUCUGAAGUGGAGAUCCUAAGUUGAAGUUGAAUAGAGGAACCUUACCUUUUGUUUUUAUUUUUUAUGUUGGUUGGUUUGUUUGCACCGUUUCGUUUUUAUUGUGCCCCCCCUCCCCACCCCAACCUCUCCUACGCCUUUUUCUUUCAUAUUCCAGAAAGACUAUAUGUACAUUCAAUACCACCCCUCCCCACUUACAGUCAAACCAGGUCAAGCGUUCCCGUCGCUACCAAACUAAUGAAUUCAUUAAUGGAAAAAAUGAUUUCAUUUGUUGAUUCAAUAAUCCAUUCAAAAAAUGAAUAAUCCAACGGUCAAAUUGUACCUCGAUUCAAUAAUCAAAUGUUGAUUUGGUUUAUGAACAAAAUCUACCUGUUCUUUAUUCUUGUCUGUUGUGUUCAAUCGUAAUUGCUUCCCUUUUCCUGCCGUUUACGAUUGCCUUUAAUCAAAAUAACAGCUAGAAUAGACAGACCUCAAACGCAAAAAGAAACUGACAAAGGCCGAGGAUCGAAAUCCACCAAUCACCGCACAUACACUGACCUCAGUUUGACCGUCGUGUUUUCUAAGAGGUCAGGCCUAGGUCUGUUGCACUGAUUAUUGGCAGCAAACUGGCGUACAUGUAACAGUUUGUUUGGGUUUGAACUUCAGAACUCGCCAGCACUCGACUCUCAGAAAAAAAAGAGGAAAAAACAAAAUUCUGAGGUCAACUUGUGGAAAGUGGAAUUUUUCAAAAAACAGUAAUCGAAUCAACAUUCGAUUAUGGAAUCGAGGCUAAAUAUGACUAUUGGAUUGUUCAUUUUAUGAAUGGAUUAUUGAAUCAACAAAUGAAAUCAUUUUUCCGUGAAUGAAUUCAUUAGUUCGUUAGCGACGGGAACGCUUGACCUGGUUUGACUGUAAAGGUAAGAUCUUGCUAAACCUGCCCCCCCCCCAGUAAUAAUAAAAAAUUCAUGAAGAACUGAAGAUGCAGCAAAAAAGUAGAAGAAGGCAGGAUAGAAGGAAUUCAAUAACAGCACUUCAAAGUCCUUUAAUUAGAGCAAACAGGAGUUUGACAGCAACCACAAACUGAAUUGAGUUUUUCCUGACAGAUAUGUUCUAGUUUUGUUACUUUACUAUUACUUUAUCCUUCCAAGUGGAGCAUUUGGAGCUUGUACCAUACUUUAGUGAUCAAAUUCAUGUGCAGCAACUUGAUCAAAAUAAGGCACAAUGGGCCAUUUGCAUGAUGACGUCUCUUUACUACUAAGAAUGAAUUCGUUUUUCCUGUCGUCUGUAAAUUUGGUAGUCCCAGUGACAGGAGUGUAAGUAUCAAAAGUGUUAAUUUGCACAAGAAAGUAAUACCCUGGAGGAUUCUGGUUGUAGUAGUAAAAUGACGCCAUUUAAUGGCCUAUAUCUAUUCUGUACAUUCUUAUUCACAUUCCUGUUUGACCACACAAUGAUUCCCCUGGCCUCAGUCAAAACAGUGGUUAGAGUGUCUCAACUGCAGUCUGGUUUUCCCAUUUUUUUUCUUCCAGACUCUAGUUCCCUGCAACACCCUCAAAUUAACUUAAAUUCCCACAAGAGCUUUGUAUAAUAUUUAUGGCAAUAUCCCCUGGUAAGUAGCUACCCCUUCCGUAGUGAAACACUAAUGGUUAAGGGAAGGGAAAUGAAGUAUGGAUGACAAGCAAAUCCAAAACGUGCCCAUGUGAUAUCAAGAAGCUAUGGCAAAGUUGCAUACAAAAUGGGUGAGUGGGAUACAGUAAACUUAACUCUCUCUAAUAUUGGACUCCAUCCAUGUUAGGGAGGUGUAUGUUUGAUAAAGAGUUACGUUAUAGUUGUAAAAAGGCCAAAAAUGAUAGGGAAGGUACUAAACAGGGUGUACGUCUUUCCCAUAAAGGUACUGUACAUGCUAAAAAAGAGUUGAUUAUACUGACGGAUAAAGGGUCGUCACUCUGGAACCGCAUCAUACUCACUGUGUACUGUUUUACUGUUUCUUUACAGCCAAGAAGUACAAUGCAUCCAAGAUUGCAAAUGUACAACCUCAAGGAGAACCGGGCUCCAAAGCUAACUAUCCUCUCACAGAACGGCAGCAAUUACAAUAUCUCCUUGAAGUAACAGCCAAAGAGGUGAGGCAAGAUUUUGAAUCCAGCAACUGUGAUGAUUUGCCCAGUAAUAGCAGCAAAACAAAGAAGAGAAACAUUGCCAAGGAUAAUCAGAUUGAGGCUCGCAUCAGGAAGAGGAAUGAGCGUGGCGAGACGUCAUUGCAUGUUGCUGCCAUAAAAGGCGACUUGGAGGAUGUAGUAGCCCUGAUUAAAGCUGGUGCUGUUGUCAAUGCGAAAGACAAUGCUGGUAAGAAAAAAAUGUACAGAAGAUGUCUCCUAACCUUGUCUCUCUCUUCUCUCCUACUCUUCCCCUGGGUCAAGAAAGGGGAUGGGAAGGAGAGUUAGGGCUUGAAGAAAAAACUUGAAUUCCACCUUGCCCUUUGGGCAAGAAGCUCUAACAUUUUGCAUGCCCAGGCCUACUUCUUGCCCGCCUACAUUGUAAGGGUGCAUUCCUUUGGGAUGAUCUGUUUCAGGAUCAGCGAUCUGUGAUCACCGGAUCAUGAUGGAUCAAAUGAACCGAUGAAUCCUUGUCCCGAGUGGAUUCAUCGGUUCAUUUAAUCUACCAUGGUCGGAGUGAUCUCGGAUCCCUGUUCUUGAUCCGGAUCAUCCCAAAGGAAUGCACCCUAAGUCAAUGAUUUUAUUAGAGGAUGACUUGCCUGUAUUCUGCCCAUUGAGCAAGUAAGCUUAAAAGUUGCUUGCCCAGUAAGAAAAUGCACUUGUUGUAGACUACCGGACAGGCCUUUUUUUCGAGCCAUGGUGAGAGGACCUUGGGAAUUAGGGUGGAUGUCUCCAUGAAAACACGGUUCGUACAGUUCGUAAAGUCCUUGAAUUUUCUUUAACUUUGAAUGUACAGUGUAGUGACCCAGAAAAUGUUUUUUUUUUUAAUGCUUUGUGGUUGUUCAAGACAGAAUACAUUGUAUAAAUCACAGCUCAAAGAAGUUAAGGGUGAUUUACAUAAAGUGUUUUGUUUUUGUUUUUGCAAGAAUUAUAAUGUUAACUAUAAAUUUGAGACGAGUGAACUGAAAAGUGUAGAGAAGUUGGUGGAGCAAAUAAUUCAAGCCUUAAAGUCCUGUUAGAAUGGGCUGGGAAUGUGCAUUUUUGUGCAAUCUGUGAAAUUACAUUCCUGGUCGGUAGUCCUUGAAAACCCAAUGUGAUCCUUGAAAAGACAAAGUGACUGGCAAUUGUUUGGGGGUGAUAUAGUUUUCUUUUUGAGAACACACUAAGAAUGAAAGUAGUUUUUGUUUUGACCAUUUCCAAUUUUGCUCAAGCCUCUGAGCAACAUUAAUUUUUCCUCAAAUGUCAUGAGUUGGUUAUGCAAAAAAUAAUAAUAAUAAAUUAAAUAGACAAUAAUAACAAAACUAAUAUUAUUACUACUACUACUACUACUACUACUACUACUACUACUACUACUACUAAUAAUAAUAAUAACAAUAUCAACAACAAGCAACAAGCAGUUUGCCAAAUUAUUGAAGUAGCUGUACUACGGGAUGCCUAUUGUUAUCGGGGCACUUAGUAGUUCAAUUAUCUUAUGAUACAAUGUAUUUGUUGUUAACAUAUACUUUAGAGGACUUCCUGAAAGCCAUCUUUAGAUAUGGUGGCCUCCUUCUAAAAGAUUUAUUUUACUUUUAUCGUUAUCAUUAUUUUAAUUAUUUUGUUUAUUCAGACACUGGUGCUUCAGACACUUUGUUGGUGCUGUAUAGUAACUUAAUUCCAGCAUUAUCUUGAAAAAUAAGUGUGGUAACUUUUUUAAACAAGAAAAGAUAAGCACAACUUUAUUUCCUUUUUAUUCUUAUUUUUUUCACUAUUUCAAAGGGUGGACACCUCUUCAUGAAGCCUGUAACUAUGGUAACCUCAGAAUUGUACAGGAAUUAGUGUGGUCAGGUGCUGAUGUUAGCAUUCCAGGAUAUGAAGCCAUCACUCCUUUACAUGAUGCUGUCAUCAAUGAUCAUACCCAGGUUUGCUUACAAUGUGCAUUGUUGUUUCACCCCAUGAAAGGAAUCCAAAACAUGCAGUUUUGGAUUCUGGAUUCCAUGCCAUGGAUUCCAGAUGCCAGGUACUGGAUUCCAGUCUUUGUAAAUGGAACUUGGAUUCUGGAUAGUGGGAUUCUGGAUUCCAAAACACGAUUCCAGUUUCCGCAAGAAAAAAUUUUUCUGAAUUCCGUUUUAAAUUGUUCUGAAAUGCUUUGGUUUUUAUAUUUAGACAUGUAUUGUGAAUAGGUUAUCUUUACAGGCUCUGCUGGCAAUGUAACUUCUCUCCAUUCCUAACUGGAUUGUCCUCAUGAGCAGGGGUUUCAAUAAAAAUUGAAGUAGCCAGCAGGUUUCAAUUGAAUAGAAUAACCGACCGUAUCGACAAGGGACCGUUAGUCCCUUUUUUGUAGGAGAGGGGAGGGGGGUCGGUGGGCGUGCUUCCCCAGAAAAGUUUGAAAUUUCAAUGCCCUAAAAUGCGAUUUUCGGCGUUCUGGGGACUAAAUUGAGGAAAAGAGAGUACAUUAAAUUUUUUCAUUGAAGAAAAUGUAGCUUUCGUGCAACUUUCGAUUUAUCAGUCACACAAUCAAUUCGGACAAUUCCUACCAGCAAUGAACAAAUGAAACUAAAUUGCAUACUUUUCCAUGUAAACAAAUUCUGCGUAAACCUAUAAAGAAACUUAUGAAAAAUUGACUGAAAUAUAGCGUUCACAUGGCUAAAGCAUGACGUAAAAUCACUGGGCCUUUAUGAAAACACGUCAUAACUACGUUUUCAUUCAGAUGUUAUGGUUAAUUUUUUGUUUACGUUAUUCAAACUAGUUGCUUCUUCUUUCCAAAAAGUAACCGACUUCUAUCAGCAAAGUAGCUGACGUGUUUCGUCGGCCGUCGGUGCUUACUGAAACCCGUGCUUGGGGAUUGGCAAUUUGGAAAGGUAACUUCAGCAUGAAACAACUUAUGUAGUUGAUGUUCAAUUUUCCGUUCACAGGUUGUCAAGUUUCUUUUAGACAAUGGAGCAGAUCCAAUGAUGCAAACAUCCCACAAUUACAGCACCUUGGACCUGGCAAGAUCUGCAGAAGUUCGAAGCCUCUUGAGUUCAGAGCAAGGCACAAAGGAUUCUGACACGACAAGGCUUCAAGGUUACCAUUAUCCACUGCCACAAGCCAAGGAAGUGGGCAAAGUUGUCCGAAGAACAGUUUCUUGGAGAAAACAGGCCUUUAUUCCAAGAAAGCGUGUACAGUGAAACAUUUAAUAACCUUUUACCAGUUCAUGUAGAUGAAAGCAAUUUAUCCAAAGUCAUUCCUAUUGAAGUUUCUCCUGAUAAAGAAACACUUACGUUUAUAAAACCUCGAGACGGUGAAGUUAGUGCCGAAAGUCACUGGGAGGGAAAAAGUUCCACUGUUAAGAGUCUGCAAGAAACUAGUCAACGUGAAAACAAAGGUAUUUUUGUUGUUGACAACAAAGAACCUUUAAGUCACAAAGAAACAGCCUCCAUUAUGCAGGUGUCAUUGAGAGAAACUGAAGAAGAGAGUACUGGUGUCAAUGGAGAUGGCGUGGCUUUGCUUUUUCAGCACACACAGAUUUGCAGCAUGAAUUCUGAUGAGCUGAAGCUGAAUGGAAACACUGAAGUUGUAAACAGCCAGAACAUCACCAUGGCAACAUGUGUGAGUGGUUUACAAUCACAUAAUGUCGUCAGGGACACAGCAUCUGACUUUACUGCUCCAAACACUUUUGAAGAAUCCAUUGCAACUGAAACACUUAUUCGGCUUCACACAGGGAAACGUUUUUCUACAGCACCUGGUCUCCCUGUGACUCAAGAGGUUGAAGAAGAUACACCAGCCCCUGAAAAAUUAAAUGAGUGCCUUGACAAGGCAAUCAUUGAGAUUUCCUCGUAUUUGGAAACCAGCAAAGAAAUACCUUAUUCUACUGACAAGAUUCUCAAACAGACUAGUACUAUGCCGACAGGAAACGAACCAACUAGCCAAAGUAGUUAUUUGGAUGCUUCAGUUAAACUUCCAGCAGAGGGCCCUCAAGCUCAUCAUAUCCAUUGUCUUGGACAUGAGCAACAUGCUACAAGUGCUUUGUCAAGUGAAGCUGAUAAAAAAGCUAAAGAAAAUGUUGUAGACAAUUCAUUUGAACAACAGUCAGUUGCAAAUUUCACAAAGAUAAAGCCAAGAAACGAAAAAAGAAAAGAGGUUAGUGGUGUUGAGAAAAACAAGUCCAGCAGGAGAAAAAGAACAUCAACAAGGUCUUCUGAAAGCAAUCCUAGCUCAUCAGUUAAGGAAGAAUGUACAAGUCACAUCGCAAAUCCGACUUGGAGAUCAGAGCUAGCUAAAUACCAGUAUAGCUGGCCAACGAUGCAACUGUGUGUUCCUGGCUAUGAGGAUUUCCUUAUAAACAGCAAGAACUGCCACAGAAUGAAGAUUUCCUCAAAUGAGGUUAGUUGCUCCUUAUGAAUCGAAAUUGAAUGUAGAAUGCGUUCGCCGUUUCGCCUAAAUUUUAGUUUGCCCAGUCUUAACUCGAUUCCCUCGAUGUGUAUUUGUGUUUUUCUCCAAACCUGAAGGAAUGGAAUCAGCAUGGGAAUAUUGGAGAUCAAUAGAUUUUUGUAUUGAGGUGAUGUAUGUCACUGGGCGAAUCUACGACUGGCGAAACGACCACAACUGUCAUCAACUUGACAAAUUCGCAAUCCCAAAAAAUCAGCCUGUCUAUAUUCUCCUGAUAGGCCCAAGAGACGUACGGGGAUGGGGUAAGACAAAAAAAGAGCCCACAUCUUUCAAAAUGGUAGUUUCCUUUUUUUGUCUUAUCCUAGGACGUUUUUUGUGCCCCGGAGAAGCACACAGGGCCCAUCUCACUUAACUCCGUCGCUUAUAAUCCAGUGUAAAACUAGCGGUAAAUUGUCAGACAUGCAGUCAGAAAGCUUACUAAAGUUUACUCAGCUAGAAGGGCGACCCUUUUACCCGGGACAGCUUUUCUCCAUAUAAAAGGGGCUUAGGUAUCUUGUAUGCGUAAUUGACACAAGUAGUUGAAGGGUUACCGUAAAUCCUCUAUUAAGGCCCCCCCCCCCCCUCUCUAAUAAGCACUCCCCCUUUCCACAGGAGGAAAGUUAUUAAGCCCCCGUCUCUAUUAAGUUCCCCUCCCCCUCCCCUCCAUCCUUAUUCUUCACAAACAUUUAACGUGGACUGAUCAGGUGUGGUUUAUUCAGGCUGGAAGUUCAUAUUGUUUUUGGUCUUCAGCCGCAUGACCUCCAACUUCAUGUGCUUAACUUUUUCAACUUUACGCUCUAGUUCUCUGUGUAGGCUCCCACAAGUGAAUUAAAUACUGUUACCAGUGACUUAUAGAACACGUAAGUCUACCCUGUCUCUUACUACGGUAUUUUUGCUACCGGUGAUGCGUGGGUUAAAUAAGCGCCCCCCCCUCAAAACUGCUUGAAAAAUGUAAGGCCCCCGGGGGACUUAAUAGAGGAUUUAUGGUACCUUUUGAAAGAAUGCGCAAUGUAAAUACUACACUGAAAAACGGUGAUGAUUUUUUUUUCAGCUCAACGAAAAAACGCCAAAAGAAAGACAGCUGGACCAGCUUGUCUCGCAACACGACACGGAAAAGGUGAAUUAUUGUUGAAUCGUGAAAAGGACGAUGCGUAAAAAUACUUUACCCUGUUCCAGGUUCUUGUUCGCGCUUUAUUCAGCGGACCUGACUAUCUCGGAGCCUGCGAAGAGCAGACGUAUUGCCGGACGUUUGCUGUUUGCAGGCUAACUCUCUCGGAGCCGGGAACAGGCUAGAAAAUAUUUGGCUGUUUUAUACGUUAGCAGCACGUACAAUGUAGUUGUUUAAAGUUGGACGCAAUGAGAUUUCUUUUAGAUCGAAUUAUCCUUUAGCGUCAUUAAUCAACCGGAACCUCAAACCUUUCGAGCCUGCUUAAUUUUCUGUGAAAAAGAUUAUUGAUAUAUUUCCUACAACCCUAACCUUGCAUGGUAGACCACAGGUACCCCAAGCUCACGGGCGAGAAUCGUUGCAUAACCAAGAAAUAUUAUAAGGGUUUGUAUAGAGAUUUCAGCGAUCGUUAAGGGUCAAAAAUAGUUAUAGAAAUACAUCAGAAUUCCUUCCCUUGUCUAAAGUUAUGAUGUUUUCUUAGCAUUUUUCAGGGCAAUUCCAGAGAGUGUUAGUUCUGCCGUUGUUCGGUAACAGAACUAAAACUUGCUGAAAUCGUCCUUUGUGUAUCGCGUGCAUCGUUUAUCCCGCGCCCCGUAUUUUUUAUACGUCAGCACGCGAGUUAAACAAUCCAUUUUUGGCAUCGCUUGUUCCUUAGGUUAAACUGCGCAUGACCCUAGAACAGGAGCUUGUUCGUUUGUUUGGGAACUUCACUCGAAAGAAAGCUGGAUACGCUGUACCGUACGGCGCAUGCACAGUGUUGACUUCGCAGAUGGGGUUGAAUGGAGUGAAGGUUCGUUAUAUAUGUUUUAUUUGUUAAAUGUUUGAAAUCAUAUUUAACUUGGUUCUUACAGAGUCUUGAAUUUUUGAAAAACUCUCGAAAUUUGCAAAGCAAUUUCCAGAUCUGGAAAUAGUCUGGGAAAUAGAGAAAGAUUCUUGAAAAAUGGUAUAAAGGCUGGAUUUUUUGGUUAGUAAAUGAAGUUGCACUGUGGUUAUUGCACGUUUGCAGUGCAUCAUAAGAAAAGCAUUGUUCGUGCGUUUUUCAAGAUCGCUGUUGAUCACCUUUUUUGAUAAACUUGAGUCUGGAAAAGAAAUUUUUGUUUGAAAAAAUAAAAAGGCCUAAAUUUUGGAUUCAAAAAUCUCUACGAACCCUGUUAAAACUAUCGUGAGCAGCUACCUACAUGUAGUAAGGGCACUUCCUUUGUAGACAGCAUAUAGCAUUUUUUAACCCUUUAAACCCUAAGAUCAAAUUUUAAAUUCUCAUCUGUUGCUCCCAUUCAUUUUCUACAUAAUUAAUUAGCGGAGUGAAAUGAUAAAAUAUCAAGCAAAUUCAUCUUGUGUGAUCAUGUCCGUAAUCCUCAUGACCAAUCUUGUUUUACAAAGUAUUGAUAUUACAAGGAGAAAUUUGAUGCUGAUCACUCUUAGGGAUUAAUGGUUUGAAUGGUUUAUAUGCCCUUGCCUCACUUCUCAGAAAGCUAGGGUACAAGAGGAAGAACCUGCGUCAAUUAAAGCGGAAGUGGACAAGAUCCUGAGCAAAUUCAAGACGCUUAAGGUAUUUAAUAUUGUUUACUUUUGUCUGUCGCAUGGUGAGUUAAGUUUUCUUACCCUAAUAAUGCGUUCGAGGAUUGGGAAGGCACUUCAUAAUCUUGAGCAUCCUAUAUUAAUAAGCGGUGAUUUUUUCUUCGUUGUACCUUUUCAUCGCUAUUUUGAAUCUUUAACGUAGUAACAUAUGGCCCUGUUUUUCUUCAAAACUUGCUUUUUAUAGUACUGUAUCUGUACUAAUUUAAAAGGAGUUCUCUUUGUCAUGCUCAUGACUUUGACGGCGUACGGCCGUAAGGAUUGGAUGACCCUUAUGUUGGACCUCCACUGUCGCGUAAUUGGGGAAUUUACGACCGGACGACGCGACGGCAGCGAAAACGUCGCUUCAAAAUUGAACUUGCGUUCUUUCGGUCUUCAUGGCGAUUAUUCCAACUCACUUACGUUGUCAAAUGUAGGCGAACCCUCCCGGAGUUGAAUUUCUGAGAACCAUAUUCAAGUUUAGAGAGAGAAUAAAAUUUCGUCGUCGCUCGUUUACGUCCUCCCUAAAAAGUAAAAUCAGGCAUUUCACGUCGUAGUCGUGCAAAAACGGCAAAGAAGUGUACCAAAAAGUGAGAUGCACGUGCAAAGCUAUUGUUUUGUCUUCUAAACCUAUUGUUAUUUUUGACGUUCUCGUUGCCGUCGCGUCGUCGGAUCGUACAGUCUCUUGUCUAGUGUUAUGUGCAUGCGCACGUAAAAUGUACGCGCGUUCAUAAAAUAAAGGCAAUAUAUGAAAGGUGCACGUAAAUGUAAAAGUUGAGUGCGGUUCAACUUUUACGUUUACAUAUAUGGCCUCUAUUUAAUUUACACGUAUUUACGUGUUUACGCGCGUAAUAAUCACGCGACAGUUAAGUAAUCAAACCUUCAAACAAUCAAGUCGAACUUCGACUUGAAGAGCCAGAUAAAGCGAUGAUGUGUGCAUGUUGUUUUCUUCGACUUGCACGGCCAUUCAUUUUGGUUUUUUUGACGGCUUAGGGAGAGAUGUUAAGGCGUCAUCACAGGGAAAUUGAAACAGUCGUUGCCUUACGGGAUUUCUGGCCACAUGCAGAAGGUAAGAUUUGAGUUUAGGGUAUAGUGGGUCUAGAAGUGUAUUUUUAUCCUUAACCCUAUUCAGACUGGGCUUUUUUGGUCAAUCUGUGACUGGGGUGGGGGGGCUCCUCGGACCCCCCUCUGUAUCUCUGGAACCAAUAAUGCUAGGGUCAUGAAAUUUACACACAAUGAUCAUCUCCGUACAAAGAAGCCCCACACCCAGUUUUGACUUGCCACGCCCAAUGAUUGACGUCACAGUGACGUCAUAUUCCGAUUUGUUAAUGUUUCUUAUUAUUUUUCCACUUAGAUACGUAAAAUAUCAAUAAUAUUGGUAAAGUCAUCUCUUUGUUAUCCUUUCUUAUGAACUAGUUAUAAGGAAACACUUGUACAGCGAGAAAAAGCAACAGGAAGCAAUAAAAUUUAAAAUUUAAAAUGGUUGUCCCCCAUCUUGGAUCCGCCAUCUUGGAUUUCCGUUUUUUUGUUAAAAUUAUAAUUUAAAGUAACUUUCAAAGGGGAAAAAGCUCAGAAUGUAUAAAAGAAGUAUCAAACUAAUGUUUAUUACCCAAACAAAUGACUUUGGAAGUGUUAUUUGGAAAAUAGAGCAGCACAUUUGUCAAAGCAAAAAAGUGACAAAUUUUACCCCACCCCUCCCCCCCAAAUAUUCGAUGUUGAAACAUUUUGAUGUAAUUCAAAAACUAGUCCCAAGCAAAGACCAUUUUAACAACAAAAAGCACUAUAAGUGUAAAAACGCGAUCUUAAAACAAAAAAAUCACCAUUUUUAAAAUUUUCCAAAACCUGUGUCAGAAACUGGUUGCCAUGGCAACAUGAUUAAUCACAUGGACAUGGUAAUUAUACCUAGAUAAAUUUUAGGAAAAGUCAGAAAAUUUGAACGUCAUAGCUCUUUCGGUGUAGGAGUGAUCACGAUUUUGCCGGAGGGGGGGUUCGAAAAGCCCCCCCCCCCAGUCUGAAUAGAGUUAACUAAAGGGUUCAUCUAAUUUCGCGCUAUAGUAUUAUUGCUUAAUUAAGCAUAAAGGUCGUGGUCUUGACUGCAGGGCUGGAAAAGACUUCGAGUUCUCGCUGGCCAUUUGUACGGCAGUUUUUUGGUGAACAUUUUCCGAUAAAUGGUACUGGUAUUUGGUUUUGUACUGAAAACAGGAAUGGGACCUAGUUGUACCAUUUACGAAAUACCUGUAAAUUUGUCGCUUUCAUCGGUGAAUCCACGCAAAUGGUACAGAAAACGGGUUUAGGGCUUGGGGACCCUCUGUGCCGAUAUGCUGACAGUAGGGUAAAAAGACGUUGGGUUAACGAAUUUUACCCCUCCCCGGUAAAACGGAAAUUUUUAGAGAAAGGUCCGGUCCGCUUUAUCGGUUUUAUUUGAAAUUGGUUACUUUUCUCUCUGUUGUCAAACAGAGUUUGUGUUUCGAUGCAGUUUUGCAUUUUGAAGAACCUCAUUUCAUCGGUAUGGUCUGCGAAAAACUGUAUCGAAACACCUUAAAGAACCGUUUUUGACCUGUUUUCGCAAGUCCGCCACAUGAAAACGUUUACGUAGGAAAUCAUCAUUGAUAAAGUAUUUGCGUUUACCCUUCACUCAUCGUUUUUCAAAAUCUCCGUUUUGAAUUUAAAAGAUGCGUUUUCGGUGACCAUUUUGGCCGGAAAGAGGGAAACGAAGUUAUAGAGUAUAUCUGUUUUCAAUUAAAAUGGGAACCUUGUCCACGAGGCCAAUAAACAAUCCAGUUUGUACCGUUAUGAUGGCAUUCUCUAAUAGUACCGCUACGUUCGCUAACAUUUAAUAAAAAAUGGGGUUUUUCUUUGCCUAAGUCCAGCCGUCUUUCUUAUUGUGUAGAUUUAUCUACGGACAGAAAAUUUUGGACAAGAACGUGGCGAAAGGAUGACUCGCGGUCAUUUUAUGGCGAAGACUUUGACCUGAUACCUGCUAAAUUUGCUGAAUACUAUGAGGAAGUACUGUGCGCUCCUGACUAAAACAAAUUCCUCAAAGCUUUCCGCAGACUUUGAAUUCCUUUGUUAUUUCAGACUUAACAUUCACAACAUACGCAUACAUUCGCCCUUUGGAAAUUUUCAAUCAAAAACGCCAACCAGCAAUUGUCACUAAAAUGUAACGGCGUUACGCGUAUGUUGCAAAUGAAUCCAUUCUAAGAUCCGGCUUAAGUGACAUUCCACUUAAAGAAACAGAAGGGAACUUAUUUUAGUUCCGUGUAAGAUUUUCGAAAACGUUUAUUGUGACAACUGACUGCAAACUCUGCGGAGAAUAAAGAUGAUCAUUUAGAAU